AUCACGCCACUGCGAUAUGUUCAUUCUGCCGUAACACGUGUCAUUGGUUACAUUCGCUGGAAUACAAUGUGAGCGUAGCGUUAUAUAUUGAUAUUAAUUUAUCUAUAGGACCGGUGGGAAAUGGUAGAAUGCAUAUUUUUAAUUUCAUACAUAAAAUGCAUGUGAUACAAGUCGGGGAAGAGUAUUGCAUAAAUCAUCAAAAUUACAAAAACCCGUCUAGGCUUAAAGCUAAAUUAAAACCGCAUUGUAUACAAAAAAAAAACUGAUCGUAAGGAUAGAAACAUUUAUACACUUCCUACAUCUAAGCGAUACAUAUAAUUAUAUUUCUUCUAACAAGGCAUUUAAUUAAAUUUUGGACGUACGUUAGAAAAACAUAAUACGAAAAAUUUCAAUAUACUUGUUCCAAGCAUGUUAAAGAUAUUGCAAUACAUCUCAUAUCUAAUUUUAGCGGUGCCAUAUGUUCCUGUUUGUAUAUACGGUGUUCCACUGUUAGAAAGCAACGUGUAGAGUUAAUGCGCGGUAACGCACGUGUUAAAUGUACGCAUAUAUUUCAAAUAAAUUUAUACAGCUACAAAAUAAACAAAUUUUAAUUAAUAGUUGCAAUUGUCCCUUUUAUAAUUCAUGGACCGUUAACACUUUGGUCCAAUUUAAUGCAAUGCGACACCGCAUUGAAUAGAUCUUUGAAACACAUUGCUUGAGUGCAGUCGAUGUGUUGAAAUGCGAGGGAACGUUGCAUGAAAGAAUGAACUUCAUGAGCGUAUAACAAUACCACACACACUAGACUCGUAAACAUGGCAUCUUCGAGCGGAGGGCCAAGGAAAAGAAGGCCGGACUUCUCCUGUAUGGAGCAGCCGCCCCUUAUUAAACAGCUCAGAGGCAUUCUCUCAGAGUAUCCAGACGGCGGACAGAUUCUUAAAGAAUUGAUUCAAAAUGCCGACGAUGCAGGUGCGUCGGAGUUGAAGAUUAUGGUGGAAAGCAGGAGGAUUAACAGAAAUUUGACGGACAAAUCUCCAGAGUUUACGAAAUUCUUUCAGGCACCAGCCCUGUGUAUUUUCAACGACGCCGAGUUCACAGAGGAAGACUGGAGAGGAAUUCGUAUGAUUUACAGCAGCGUCAAGGAAGAAGACAGUCUCAAAGUUGGACGAUUUGGAUUAGGAUUCAAAUCUGUUUUCCAUAUGACAGACUACCCGUGUGUUAUAAGUGGCGACACCAUGCUUCUUAUCGAUCCUCAAAGACCUGCCCAUGAGGUAAAUGCAAAAUUGAAGAUAAAUGAAAUUCAUGAAAUUGAAGGCAUGGACACGAGCGACGUUUUGCGUGCCAUUGGAGGAAAAUACGGAUUCAAUAAAUCCGUCGUAGAAAAGGGAUACUUUCGAGGAACUAUGUUCUGGUUUCCUCUGAGGGAAAAGGCUUCGCCCAUUUCAGAGGAUGUUUAUGGUGUCGGUAAAGUCGAAAAGUUGUUUGGUAGUCUUAGUUUGGAAUCUUCAAGCAUUCUUAUCUUCCUCAAAUCACUCGUGCGUUUACACCUGUUAAAAAUGUCACAGUCAGGAAAGGAAGAACACGUUUUACGAGUACAAAUUCAAGAUGAGAAAGAAAUACAGACACGAAGACAGUCUUUUUUUUCUUGUAUAAAGAGUGCAUCGUCUAAGCAAGAUUUGUCAUGUGUUUUAAAAAUGACGAUAAAAGAAGAAACCGCUUCUGAAACAUUGAAAUUGACAAAGUGGCUGGUUGUCAACUAUUACAUAGUGCAUUCUGCGACAAAUGAUUUUAAAAGGCUAAUUCAGAGCCCGAAGUUAGGUUUAAGUCCAUGUGUAGGUGUCGCCGCUAAGAUAGAGCCAUUGUCUGCGGUUGAAGGACACAUAUUUUGCUUUUUACCUCUUCCGAAAGAAGGAACAAAACUUACAGGCUUACCCUUUCAUGUUAAUGGUUUCUUUGCACUCAGCCAGAACAGACACCAUUUGAAGUGGGCAACUGACGAUCAGGAUCACCAAUACGUGAAUGAUGAGAUUCUUUGGAAUGGGAAACUAUUGACUGAGGCCCUGCCUUUAGCAUUCCAGAAGGCCCUCGAUACAUCAAUAAGCAAUGCGGAGACGUAUGGAAACAAGGCGUCAUUGGUCGAUGAAGUUUAUUUAUGGAUUCCCAAUUUGGAAACAGUUCAUUGAUAAAUGGAAACUUUUUUAUGUCGACCGCAUUACAGUUGUUUGAAGACAAAAACAUUGUGUUUUGUGAACAUUUUCAUUCUUGGAAAAGUGUUUCGGAUGCGGUUUUUACCACGUUUUCAAACCUUCCUCACAAAUUUGAGUUUGUCAAGGCAACGGUGCGAAAGGCAAUCGGUUCUUGCGGGCAGUGCCCAGUUGUGGUACCAGAACACGUUUUUCUUACAUUGAAUUUGUUGUUUGGGCACGCAAUCAACGAUAUAUCGCCAGUCAUGCUGUCAAGUAUUUUAAAACUCAACCCAAAGUACAAAUGUAUGACAGAUCAAGAGAAAAGAAAACUAAUUACAUAUCUUACAAGUGAUGGAACCAUUGAAACAUUGGAAGGUCUUGAUCUUCUAUUGUUGGCCUCGGGAGAAUGGGACACCUUUAAUCAUAAUGGAAGUUCAAAAUACAUUUGUUCUGAGACUGAAAUUAGCAUGUUUCCUGGCAGUGAAAGGAAAUUCAUCGCCCCAUAUGAAAGACUGGAUAAAUUUACUAAGGAAGUUAUGCGCUUCAUAUGUGAAAAUAGGCACUAUCCGAUUCGCGAUUUAGAUGACAGUUUUCUAAAAACAUUGCUGUUACAAACUAUUCAUUCACAUUUGGGACAGCAUUUGAUCAUGACUGAGAAGUCAUCUUUGCCAAAAGACUGGCUCAGACUUGUUUGGAGUUCUUUAUCGCAGCGUGGAAUCCGAAAGUUUGCAGAUAUGCCAAUCUUUCCAGUUCUUCUAUCUGGGUCCUUUGAAUCGAAAUAUCAGGUAAAUCUUGUCGCUUUGCAAAAUUCGGAUAUACUUCUGAAGCAUGACAAAGCUGGAAAUAGUAACACAUGCUUAGAUGAUGACGUUGAGAAAUGCUUACGUUUGCUUGGAUUUACAGUAAUAACUCACCUGCCAAGUUGGUUAUCACGUGAUUUGAUAAAAAAAUUCGUUGUGCGUCCAACAAUAACAGAUGUUAAGCAGCUAUUUCAAAUGAAAGCACGUUCAAUUGACCCGCAAAGGAUAAAUGCGUUUAACAAAGAUGCCACGAUGUCAAACAGAUCUAGACUCCUUGAUUUUUUAGCUAAGUUUGGCUCAAUCGACGGCGAUUUGGUUGAUUUAUUACAAAAUCUACGGUUGUUUAGGUCUAUCCAAAAAACAGGAACCCGUGUAACCGUUGAUUGCAACACACAUUUUGUAAGAGAAUCUGAACAAGGCAAGUUUCCGAAAAAUAUUGAUUUUCCUGAGAAUUGCGUCCUAGUUGGAGGAAAUGAAGAGGCCGUAGCCAAACAACUGAAUUGCACGAAACUCACGUUAGACAAAUUUAUGAGACUUAAACUGGAAGUAUCAACGUUUGACAUGUCGAAGACUGAAAAUAAAAAUGUCAUGAUGUUCUUUCUCAACAAUAUUGAAAGGUUCACUACGCUGAUAGACUCUGUCUCCGAAAUAAGAUUCAUAAAAGACACUGCAGGAAGACUAGUAAAGCCAUCAAAAAUAUUUGAUCCGUUUGAUAAAUUUCUAUGCCGUUUGUUCUAUGGAGAAAAUGUUUUUCCGGCAGCUACGGACGCAUUGCGACCGCACAGAGAUGCAUUCAUUAAAAUCGGAAUGAAAGGAGUUAGAGCAAUUCUGCCCAAACAUAUCUACUCUGUUGCCAAAACGAUUGACUCCGUUUCCCAAAUCAACGAUAAGAUGUAUGACAAAGCUAAAGCUCUUCAAGAAUACAUCGAAAACAAUCCAGGUGUACUCCGGCAAACACUUUGGUUAGAUAAAACUCUAGGGGAUGAAAUAAAAGACCUAUCAUGUUUUGUAUACUGCUCGUCAGAAGAGUGUGAAUAUCAUAAUCGUUUCCCACAGCUUCUAAAGUGGUUUUCUGCUAAAAAUCGUCUAUGUUGUCCAAGCAACAUGAAAGAAAUCAGAUUUUGGCAACUUGUAUGUUCUUCAAUGCCGCUCAUAAAAGCUCGUUCUUCCGAAUUGUCGUCGUUCUAUGGUUGGAAUAUUCCUCCUUCUGCUGAAACAAUUAUUCUUCAACUGAAAAGCAUUCAGCAAUGUUUAAUAUCAUCAGACAUGACGCUGGAAUUGUUGACAAUGCUCAAAACAAUCUAUCAAGCCUUGUCUAUACAAUCAACUCAUGUGGUCAGAGAAGCCAUUGUUUCAAAUGCACUAGUUUGGACAGCGGAACAUUUUCAAGAUCCUGCAAAAGUUAUUGUUAAACAAGUGGAGGAUGACAUUGAAUUAAAACCAUACAUGUAUUUCCUUCCUUCAGAGCUUGGGUCAUUGCAUACUUUUUUCACGUGGUUAGGAUGUCACUCAAGACAGGAUAAAAACGUUCUUGUUAGCGUUUUGCAAUGUAUGAAGACAAAAUAUUUGAGCAGAAAGUUCAGUCAAGCUGAAAUUAAGAAAGACUUGAAAUGUGCGCAGAUGAUUCUUGAACGAUUAGCAGAAGCGGACAUUGACUCUUCUUGGGCAUCUGAUAAUAUCUUAAUGGUCGUUCACUCAAACUCUGACCAAACGAUUAAAUUUGCAAGAUUGUUGGAAUGUGUGUACGAUGAUGACCCAACAUGUUUUAACGACGUUGUCGAUGGUGAAAGUAUUUGCUAUGUCCACGAACAAAUACCAUUCGGUACAGUAGAAAAACUUGGCGUGAAAUCUGUUACUGGUCUUUCCCUGGCAGAUGCACAGGACUUUGAUCACUGGGGCCAACGUGAAAAUUUUACUACACGUUUGCGAUCACUUCUUCGUGAUGGAUAUACAGACGGUCUUUCUGUUCCAAAAGAACUGUUGCAAAAUGCUGAUGAUGCGGGUGCUACAGAGGUGUGUUUUGUGUAUGAUGAACGUAAACAUUUAGAUUCCCGGGAGAGAUUACUUAGUAAAAGCCUUGCCGAUUUUCAGGGUUCAGCACUGUGGUGUUAUAACAACAAAGUGUUUUCCGAAAAAGACCUUCAGAAUAUCAAAAGAUUUAAUGAUUCGGCAAAGGUCGAUGACCUAUCAACAAUUGGAAAAUUUGGGUUAGGAUUCAAUGCUGUUUAUAAUAUAACUGACAUUCCGAGUUUUAUUUCUGGAGCCGAUAUGUUGAUUUUUGAUCCGCAUGAAAAAUAUUUGAUUGACCCUCAAACAAAGAAAACCACAAGAGGAAAAAGAAUUCCUUUAUCGAAGAGGACUUUAGUAAAAAGACACAUUGAUCAAUUUAAGCCUUUUCAAGAUAUGUUCGGUUGCAAUGUGUUAAAUGAUCCGUUUACUCGUUAUCAAGGAACUUUGUUUCGAUUUCCACUGCGAACUGCACAACAAGCAGACAUGAGCGAAAUUUGUAAAACAGUGUAUUCACACAAUGAAGUCCUGUGUUUAUUGGAGAUGUUUAUGAAUUCAGCCGAACAACUGUUGCUUUUUUGUCAAAAUGUAUCGUCAAUUAAACUUUACCACAUAUCGGCUGAUGCAGUAUCAGCCAAUGACAUGAAAAUAAUUCAUACGGUACGGAAGGAAUCUAUUCAACUAACUGAUGACAAAUGCACAAGUAUUAAAACUGGCAUUCUUGCAAAGGCGGUAUCUGUACAUAAACAACAACGCGGUAGUUGCAUUGAAGAGCAUCAUAGCAUAACUAUCAGACAGACAUUUUUUGACAAUGCGACGUUGUUUCCUAAAGUAAAUUGGUCGAUGUCUGAUGUUAAAUCGACGUGGCUUAUCACAUGGGUAUUACAAUAUAGGCCUACACAUUUAGAAACAUUUGACGCUAUUCCUCUUGUUGCUGUUGCAACACUGUGUAAAACAGAAAAUGAUUUGACUCCACAAGCGUUAGAAAAGAAACCUGUGGAAGACUGUAACUCCGGUCAUAUAUUUUGUUUUUUGCCGUUACCAAUUAGUACAGGAUUUUCUUUCCAUGUCAAUGGUUGUUUCAUAGUGACCGAUGACAGGCAAAGACUAGUACUACUGAAUGAAGACGACAAAAAGUGUGGAUUCCAGAAGUGCAGCAGAUGCUUGGAAUACAUAUCUUUUACAAUAUCCAUUGGUUAAAGCAUUAGUGCGACAGAUUCAAAAGACACAACGUUUUUGUCAAACGCAAGAAGAUGCAUACCGUUUAUGGCCUCGUAAUUGCAAACCAGAUGUGACACCUUUAGUGAAUAGCUUCUACAGAGAAAUUGUCGAUCAUCAUAUUCCAAUAUUCAGUGACCGUGGGAACUGCCUUCCAUUCAAUCAAAUUUUGAUUUUAAUGGAACACCCAGAGACUCAAGUUUUCAAAUAUAUUUUGCACUUUUUAAUGCACGUGCCUUUUAACAAAGACAAGACCGUGGUGGAUGUUCCAGAUUACGUUUGUAAAAACAUUUGCUGGUACAACAACGACAGAAAAUCCAUUAUCGAAAAUGCUUUUAUUUCUAUGCCCGAAGCUUUGCUUCACUUUCUUCACAAUAUCAGUGACACGUAUUGGACGGAUAAACUCAUAACCCGCAACAAUUUACUAGCACAUGCAAUUAUGGUGGCAGAUGCAGACAUGAAAAUAUGUUUGAGAACUCUACCGUGUAUUCCAACAGCGCCAAAUGGUAGAUUACGGUGUGUUCUUGAUCUGAUUCACCCGCAUUCUAAACUGUCGAAACUUUUUUCUGAGUCCGACGAAAGGUUUAUCAUUAAAUGCGAAAGUUUGAAUUGUCCAAAGAUUCACGCAAUACUUACCGAAUAUGGAAUGAAUUCGUUAAGCUUACCUAGUGAGCUUAUUUUUGACAGGUUCAGAAGUUUAGAAACUUUGUCAAAGAAAUGUGUUAUAUGCGCAAAACAACGCUUGCGAUUAAUAUUGACAUAUUUAGCGGAAUCAAAAGUCCCACAAGAAAUAGUUGAUCAACUCCAGCAUUCGAACAUUCUACCCAUUUUACACAUACCAAGUAAAUGGACUUUCACGUGGAAGGGAAAAUUAUUAGAACAUGAAGUUUUCUGCAGUGGGGUUGUUAAGUGCUCAAAACACGUAAAUGAAAUCUCACAAAGCCUUGUACUUGGUCAUCCGUGCACUUUGUUUCGAAUGCACUGCCGCCAUUGUGUAGGAUCUGUACAAUAUAUAGUAGAUGAAACAGACAGUAUAAGUCCCCAGCUACUUAAUAAUCUGAGUGUGAAGGAUAAUAAAGACUUGACUAUUGAUUUGUUGAUGGAACAAUUAAAUGUAGUUGGAGAUGAAUUCGAAUCUGGCAAAGGAAGGUUUACAGGAGAAACUCGGAAAAUCAUCGAUGAAGUGUACAAGGCAUUAGAUUGUCUUACAAUAAAUAUGUCAAAAGACGAAUUACAGAGCUAUCUUUAUACCAAUUUUAGCUUGACACUCUCAAAACCUAUUAUUGAAAUUGACGAGGUGUUGGUGAGAGUGGGCAAGGUUGCCCGUAAUACUGUAAAAUCAUGUCCACCUGAUCUGUAUGGUCUACCAAAAGUGUCUGCGUCACGCUGGAGAAUACUAGAAAAAUUAGGCGUUCACGAAAACUUUAGUGUGGCAGAUGUCCUAAGUGUUUUGAAGUUAAAAACCGUAGACAACAAUAAGAAAAUACAACUCAAUGUUAAAAGCAUGGUUGGUAUUUUAGAGAACUUAGCGAAUUGUAUGAUACGAGAGGGAAAGACGCAUGAAGAUUUGAAAGAGUUUGAAGAAUAUAUCAUUGCACCGGAUAGAGAGGAGCGCUUCUGUCCUGCAAACCAACUUGCUCUUGAGGACAACGUAAUGGCCACUAAAACAAAGCUUCGUUUAUUGCAUGAGGAUAUUAGCCCCAAUAUUGGUAAGGUCAUAGGUGUAAGGUCAAAACGACACCAACUUUUAAGAAAAUAUACCCAUGCAAUCCCAUUUGGGCAACGGGAAGAACUCACUACCCGUUUAAAUGGCUUACUGAAGGACUAUCCAUCUGAUGAGAUAAUGAACGAACUGAUACAGAAUGCUGAUGAUGCAGGAGCACGCGAAAUCCAUUUUAUAAAAUACUUUGAACAAAAAAUAGUUGGGAAAUCAUUAGAACAUGGACAAAUUCUACAGCCUGCUUUGUGCAUCUACAAUAAUAGCUGUUUUACAGAAAAAGAUUUUCAGGGCAUUCAGAAACUUGGCAUUGGCAGUAAAGCGGAUGACCCAUCUAAAACAGGUCAGUUUGGACUGGGUUUUAAUGCAGUUUAUCAUGUGACCGAUAUUCCAUCUUUCCUUACAAAGGGACCAAAUCUGGGCGAAAACGGUCAAGUUUGCAUGUUCGACCCACUUUUGACACACAUUAGGGAUAUAUCAGACGGAGAGGCAGGGAUAAGGUACAACGUUGACGAUUUAAAUGACGACUUCCCAGACACAACUGUUGGUUUUCCGACAAUAACUGGUCCAUGUGGCACAAUGUUUCGCCUUCCUUUAAGACAAGAAGAAUCAAAGAUAAGCAAAUCGUGUUUUACGCCGGAUGCUGUUGAUAUUAUGCUAGAAAAAUUUAUCACAAUUAUGCCAAACUGUAUGCAUUUUUUGCGACAUAUCAGGAGAAUGAAAAUAAGCAGGUAUGAAAAUGGCGACUACAUUGAUGAGUACGUUGUUGAGUCUGAAAUAACAAAUGAAGAAGCUAGAAAACGACAGUGCGAUUUUUUCAAAGGAAUUCGCACAAUGAUUGAAUCAAAUAUAAGGCAUGAUGAUAUUCUUCAUGGAAAACCCUUAGACGUUGCAUAUAAGAUGCGGAUACACGAUACGCGAGGGCACGACACGAAAUGGCUGAUUGUACAUCAGUUUGGAUCUAUCCGUUGUGAAGGAAAAGAUUUACAUGAAAUGCUAGAGAUCUUUAGUAAAGAAGAGUUACGAUUUCUUCCAACUGGCGGAGUGUCUAUUCAAGUGUGUUCAAAAAAUGUCAGAGAGUUCCUUAAACAAAUUAUGCACCAUUUAGAAGCAGAACACCAGUCAGCCAAGCGUUUGCAAACAUUUUAUUUACCUCCCACUGGAAGCACAUACGGGCAUUUACCACAGACUGGAAGAACAUACAAGCAUACUAGAUCUCAAACAGCUAAUGGAAACUUAUAUUGCUUUCUACCACUUCCCGGGAAGACUGGCCUUCCUUUUAAUGUAAAUGGUCAUUUUUCCGUAGACCGAGCAAGGCGGGGACUGUUGGAGGAUGGAAUUCGAAAGAAAUGGAACACGUUUCUCUUAUCUUUUAUUGUCACUGAGGCUCUAAUUAAAGCUUUAAAAUAUCUUCAGAUGUACUGGGUUGAAGAGAACAUUGACAUGUUAUUAGAAAAAGUACGUUUACAAACAUGUCUUUGCAUUUACUUCAGUCACUUUCCAAGACAUGAAAGAGCCACCGAAGGCUUUUGGAAGUAUUUUGUUGAAGAAUUUUACCGCGUUGUUAUCGAAAAGCAAAUACAGCUUUUUCCGGUUAUUUUAGAUAAUGAAAUCCAAACAGGUCCAACAGCGGAGAUUCGACAUUGCAUCGUUGAAUGGAUUCAUUUGGCCACGAAUCUGCAAAGUUUGGAUGGAGGAGUUGUAGACACACUUCAUUUGUUUUGGGAAAAUAAAGGAAGUAAUGAUGAAAGCUCUAUUAGGCGUGUUUUAGGAAAAUUGGCCAUUCAAGUGUCCAGUACUGACCUGGAUGUUGUUGCAACAAUGAACAAAGCUGGGCAAACAAAUGUUAUUAAAACUGAUCCUUUAGUGCUUGCUUAUUUAGUGAAGGAUUUAAUAACAACGUUAAAUUGCCAUAUUCAGGAAACUGUUCUAGAAACUAUAGAUAUAGCUCACAUCUUCUUGAAAUACCUGUUACUUCAGGAGAAAUUUGACGACGAAAUUGAAGGCCUGCCAUUGUGUAUAACAAACAACUGUAUUCUUCGCAAAUUCGAGACUGACAAUCCUAUAUUUUGUUCUGAAUACUGUGAAAUAUUGUCAGGUUCUUUUGAUAGGUUUGUUCAUAGUCACUUGGUUUAUUUACUGAAAAGAGAGAAAUUGUUCGAGACAAAUGUUUUGGAACGGUUCACACUUAAUGAAUUAAUAGAUUUAUUACCGCUUUCCUUCAGAUCAGAUGUGUUCUGUAAAAAUGAUGUAAUCAGCUGGCAGAAUAGUGAUCAUAAUCCUGUUGAGCCUGCAAUUGUACGCAGGAUUUUUGAGUUUAUAUAUGAAGAAUCAAAACAAAUAGAAUGUUCUGGCGAUACCAGAAAGUUGCAUGCUGUAUUCAAGGAGAAAAUUCGUUUAAUAUCACACUGGUCUUUUUGCCCUUCCAAGACGCCGGUAACUGGAGGAUUUAACUGUGAGUUGAUUCCAAUAAAUCGAGCAUAUUCUCUUCUUUCAGAAGCAAUUGAUCAACGACUUUGCACAGCAUUAAAGAAAAUAAAUAUCCCGACUUUAGAUACAGAUGUUCUGAUAUUCAAAAGGUAUUCGGACAAAUAUGUUGUUGUUGAUGCAGUGAGGUCAUUGAUAUCGUCGCCAACAAAUCCUGACGAAUUGUUGAAAUGUCUUCACUAUCAUAAGAUACGAAUAAGAAAUUGCCAACUAACAGUUGAUGAAGCUGAUCAUAUUUUACGUAUUUUCAGUCAAAACAUAACGGUACUGAGUAAUGCAUUCAACGCAGAAGCCAAGCGAUUAUUGAAAGAGAUACCAUUGUAUGCUUCUUUGCAAAAUCAAAUGCUCGUUAGUCUUGACGAUUCUACAGAUAUUAUAGUAUUAACAAAUACCAUACCAAGUGGAGGACUCAAUGAAUGGGCAAGCAGACAAGGGAAAAUUAUCGUAAACGAAAAUAUACAUUUGGAAGACCUUUACAAUUACCUCGGUCUACCUUAUCGUAACGAGUUGGAAAUGUAUCUUAAACAUAUUUUCCCAAGCAUUUCCAUGAUGCCUAGGCAUUUCUGGAUAACUCAUAUCAGACAUAUCAAAGACAAUGUGCUGACCGCUUCUAUCGGAAAGGGGUUUUCAACAGAACAAAAUCAAUUGAUACAAAUGAUUAAAAAUCUGUCUUUUAUAGAAGUGAACGGCAAUAGAUAUCGUGCAAAUCAGCUGUUCGAUCGAACUCAUCCUGUGUUCGAAGCAAUGGUUGAAGAAGACAUUUAUUUACCUGAAGAAUAUAUGGAGGAUAGCUGGAAGCCCUUUAUGAGAACUAUUGGUUUGAACGUUAGACCUUCAGGUUCUAUGAUGAUAAACUAUGCCCGUGAAUUAGCGCGAAACGGAGCAAUGGGAAUAACUGCCCCAUUGAUUUAUGCGUCUAAUGUUCUUGUGUCAUGUCUGUAUGGUGAAUACGGAGAUGUAUUUGAAGACCAUGUAUUUUCAGAUGUAAAAACAACCCGUUUCGUUGUCCCCUUCACUAUUGAUAAUGAAAUGAGUCGUAUUUUUAGAGGAUAUAGUCCAACAAAUCUGUUCAUUAGCUUUUCAGGGAGUUGCAUAUCUCAGCGUGCAUGUUUGUGCUGGACAAGUCUUCCACUAGUACACUUUGAUUCUGAUCAACAUAAAAUGAAUUUAUUGGAGAUUGCACUGGAGCCAAGCGUUGAUUCUGUUAUCACUCAUUGCCAGAAUAUUUGCCAUGAAUUCCAAAACGACUUUGAGAGGAACGUUCCGCAAUUUAAUAAUAAAGCGAAGUACAUGAAUAUCAUUUACAGCUUUCUCAUGAAAAAACGGCAGUUUAUAAAUGUUGAACGUCUCCGUGACACACCAAUUAUCUUGAUAUCAGAUGAAACGAUGAUAAAAGCUUCGAGUGUGUUUAUCUGGGGCCAGGAGGGAUCGGACAUAAAACCGUACCUCUAUAGUCUCCCAGAGAAUUUGUUAAGUUACGCAGAAAUAUUCAAAUUAAUAGGUUCCCCGCCUUCGCCAACAUGCAUGCAAUAUGCAAAUGUUUUGGCCGCAAUUAAAUACAACUUUGGCAACGAGGCGAUACCACAUAAUGCGAUGGAAAUGGUUAGAAAAGCAAUUAAAUAUUUCUUUGACAUUUUAGGAACGGUUGAUGAAAACCGUAUUUUAACUGUCUUAAACGGAAUAGCUUGUCUAUUUUUGCCCAAUACACACGGAAUACUUUCAAAAUCAACUGAAUUAAUAAUAUCAGAUAACAGUGUUUAUAGACAGGCAUUGGGAGAAAUAUGUAAUUUAAACAUUUUCUUGGGAUUUAACGAAAUGGAGUUACGUGUUCCACAUUCCACAUUCGAGAGGUUAAAAAAGUUCCCAGAACAUUUAAAGCCGAGUUUUUUAACUGAAGUCGUCAUAGAAACUGUUUCAACAGACGGUAUGGUGGAACUGACAGACAGCCCAGAUGCUUUGUGCUAUGAACAGUUUUUGCAUUGUAAUGAUUUUUUUGUAGGACUACGCAGAUUAUUAAAUCACGAAAAUGCUAACGAAUGUUCUGGUGAAAGCAGCUGUACUGAUGACGAGAUUUUGCAAAACACUCUUUUUAAUGCGCGUGUAACUGAAGUUAUAGGGUUAAGGACAUUGUUAUCAUACAAUGGGCGAACAGUAGACGAAGUUAGCUUAGAACAGGACUAUUGCGUCAAACAAAUCGAAAUUGAGUCCCAAAGUGGAGUGCCUGUCUAUCAUCUUUAUUAUCAAAAACAAGUGCCUCAAAACCCAGUAAACAAAACUUCUAGGCUACAUGCUGGCUUGACAUUACUUAUAGAAAACUGCACUGGCGGACGGUUAUCAAAAUACUCCGUUAUGCUACUGCAAGAGAUUUUACAUUUCAAUGACGAUCCUGGACAAAUAACACGAUUUCUUGAUAAAUAUCGAAUACCACCUUUGGAGAUUUCAAUUACAAAUAUGCUUUUCCCAGCAGUUGGAACCUACGUGGAAGACAGGUUUUAUCCUUUUCUUGUUCAGCAAAUCGCACCUUUUCGUGUGCACGAGUACAGAUAUGUUGCAUUAUUAAUUGACAUCGAAGAUGACGAAUCAGCGUUAGAACAAAUCGACAUUCGUUAUAUAUAUGCACAUAUUCUUCAGCAAAUUAACGUAGGAAGUUCAUCAACAUUGGGUAUAAGAUACAGAGUUAAUGUUGGAUUGCAACAUGGAGGCAUUAUCGAGGUUCCAGUGUUUCGACUGUUCAAGUUUCUUCCACAGAAUGUUGCAGCUACCAGUAAUGCCGUUGUCGUGUAUGAUAUUGAACCUAUUGGAUCGAUUCACUUCGAUGAGAACUGUGAACGCAUUAAAGACAUGUUACAGGAGGCAUUUCAGCUAUUUGAAAUACAAGACAGGAGAAGAAUAAUUCACCGGCUGCUGUUAAAGUGGCAUCCUGAUAGAAACGCUGGUCAUGAAGAUUAUGCUACACGAGUAUUUAAUUUUAUUCAGCACUGUAUUUUAAGGCUCGAACGCAAUGAAGAAUUGAAUAUUGACCCGGUUGGUGGACCACCGAACAUGUCAGUAUCGCGAUAUUACAAUACGUGUGCGAAUGCAAAUACUACUGGACAUGUGUACACCAGUGGUUUCCAUGAGAAUAUUGACGAAUACAACAAAUCAAACAGACAAGGUCGCUAUUUUCAUGGGGCGUUGCAAAGAGCUGCUGUAAAUAGCCCUGGGGAAUACAGACGGUGGAUAAAACAGGCGAAACUCGACUUUAGAACUGGCGAAACGCUGCUGAAUUGCAAAGAGCAACAUCCGAAAACAUACAACUGGAUAUGUUACCAUUGUCAUCAGGCAUGCGAGAAGGCCCUAAAAGCUGCAUGGUUUAUGAAAGAUGCUAACAGUUGUCCACGAAAAGAGCACAGACUGACAUCCAUUGCUAGCGGACUUGAUAGCGUUAUCGCUACAGAGGCACGUACAUUCGAAAGGCUUUUUAUUGAGGGAAAAGACUAUUUAACACUUCGUUAUCCAGACUGUGUGCAAAGUGACAAGAUUCCUUCUGAAGUAUUCACCGCUGAACAUGCGGAGUUUGCAGUUGCUACUGCAAGAAAGAUCCUGAAAAUGGUUGAAGAAUUAAGUAGAUAAUGUGGUCACAUGUAAUUAGCAUGGAAAUUGAAAGGCAAUCAGAAAUCAAAAUAUGUUUUGUGAACUAUAAUUUUUACGGUUUUAAAUUUGUAACAGAUGGUUAAUGAUUUCCAUUUACUUAUUCAUAUCAAUAGGACAAAUGUGAUUUGACUUAUUUCGUAAGAAUUAAAAAAUGUACAUUUAAUUAGUUAUUUAUGUUUGCAUGAUAAAUCAUAUACGAUAUCUGAGCUUUAUUGGUUGCUUUUUAAAAAAUCAAGAUGUGCACAAUUUUCAAAAGUAAUAUGUUUCGUGUAUUACUUAUUGAUGUAAAUACAUGUUAAUUUAAUAAUCAUUAUAUCAUGGUUUCAAUGUGAUAAUGUUGCGUUUUGUUGAUUAUAAACAAUGUUUUUCUAACGUUAUUUCUUUAUAGGAAUUGUUUAAUUGUAUACAGUUUUGAACAGCAUGUACAUCGUUAUUUGAUCGGUUUUAAUAAUAAUUAUGAAGAAAUGCAAAUAUUGAUAUGUAUAACGCAAACUGUGUAUUGCCGCCCACAUCUGAACCAUUCCAUGUUAUCAGAGUCGACGCGUUGAACUACUGUAGAAAUGAACUCAGUGAAGAGUUAUAUUAUUUCAAAGCAUGACUUGUUGACGUUUCAACUGCAUUAGUGUAUGUUUAAUCAGUGUUGCAACUAUCUUUUCGGCUGAAUAUAUUGUGUAAAUAUUUGUAUUUUCCUGCACUACGUUCCAAAUUCAACUGAUGGUAUAUUAUAAUAAUAUGGAUAUUUGUUUUCCUUUUACACACCGUUCAUUUGAUGUGUGCAAGUGCAUAGUUUGAUGUGAAAAUUAUUUGCGACAAUUUAUUUUUCCGCAGGAUUAAUAUUGUAAAUAUUUAUAUUGACCUUUGUUCGCAUUCUGCAGUGAAACAGUAAACCUUUUUAUCAAUUGAUUUUUAAAUCAAUGUUUUGAAUCUACAUGCAUGAUGUAUGUGCAAUGCUAAGAAUGGUAAGAAUGGUUGAUUCAGUCUUUCUAUUAUUGUGGAUAAUAGGUGUAAAUAAAAUAGUGUGUUUGCGAUAUCUGCAGCGAGUGCACCUGAAAAACGUAAUGUAAACUUAGUUUUACAAGUAUAUGUUUUGUUUCUACAUGAUAUGCCUAUGUGUAUGUAUAUGUUUACUAUAAAUUUUUAUGUAAACUUUAUUUUAUUUCAGUCCAUCAUGUAUGUGUAUGAUUAUUGUAAAUAUUUGAUAAAGUUUAUUUUUUGUCUAUUUCUUGAUAUGUUGUGAACGUAUCGCAGUCUAGCACAAUUCAUUAAUGCACAUAUUUGAUAUGAAUCAUUACAUGUGCUUAUACGCGUUUUUAAGUUCAGUUGAUGGUCAUUGUAUGACAAUAGAAUCUAUAUAAUAUUAUCCUGUCUUGUAAAAAAUAUGUAAAAAAUAUGCUAAAGAUUAGUUAUAUGACUAAACUAUGUAUGCACUUUAAGGGUGUGUCCAGUGUAUGUGUAUUAUAUAAUCAAACUACGAACUUUGCAGUUUAAAACAACGUAAAUAAUGGUUAUAUUGGUGUUGUUCAAUUAACAAUGUACAGUUUCAGCGCAUUAUAUUUUGUGCUACGUUUGUAAACUUAUUAAGUUGUGCAGUUCAUUGAAAGGCGUAAAUGCUCGCUGUCAGUUGUAUUGUUAUGUGCAUGUUGACCGUCUUGUGUAAUGCUGCUAAUAGAAAUAUACAGUGCUUCUUAAAUAUAAUAUCUGGUUGAGUUACAUUAUAAUACUCGCCCUGAUAAAUUACAUCAUCAAAGUAAGCACAUAUUCCCAUAACUUUACAUCUUUAUUAAUAUUAAUUUAACGUUCAAUGAUGCACUUCAAACAAUUUGUAAAUGAUAUGUAAAUUGUAUAUACGCAGUAGCGCACACAUUUAUUAUCCUGUACUUUGGUUGAUGUAUCUAUAUGUUACAUGUUAUUAUAUUUUUAAGCAAUACUUGUUGAAUGUGCUUACGCCUAAAAGAAGUCGUGUACAUGGCAUGUAUUUGAAAUGUGCAUAAUACAUGGGUUUUUUAAUGUGAAUGUAAAAUUUGAUAUUCACCUUUAAUCCACAUCAUGUUGUACUGUUAACAUAUUGCUGCAUGUCGUGAUUCAAUGUAUUCGAAUACACCUGCAUAACCUAUACUGGAUUAUGCCUCAUGCUUAAAAUAUACUAUUUGAUAAUCAUUUCGUCAUAUUAAGCAUCUGUAAUAUGUUACGAUAAUCAUACAAAAUAAUCAUACAUAUGUAUGGUACAUGCAUAAACACACAUUAACACCACGGAAUAAUCGCAAUUAAGUGAUCUUCAUAGAUUUAAAUACGAUUCAAUUUUUUAAAUCUAAAGUAACGAAUACUGAUGUUUAUUUUCCGAAAUUAAUGCAGAAUUGUUAAAAUAAUCAAAAGUACAUGAACAUAGAUAUUUUUCGUAUAGUUGAACCCCAUUUUUGGUGUGUUCUUUUUAUAUUGAAAAAAACAUAUUUUGAUAUAAUUAUCAUUGCUUUAUGUGUUUUCUUUUUUUGAAACAUUGUUUACCUGGCCAUGUCGGCAUAUAUAUGUAUGCAGAUUAUGGCGAUUUCUAUAUUGAUCCUGGAUUUUUAUAGGUAUCUAUAUAGUAUGUGUAGUGCUUAUAUAAUGCACUAUGAAUAACCAUUAAUUUGCAUUGUUUAAUGCAUAUAAAAUGUUGAUUUUCAUGUGCUUAUUUUAUAAUAUUUGCCUCCAACAAUCAAGUAUGUUUUAUUUCAUGUGUUGUGUCUUUAAAUUUAUCGUGCACAUGGGUUAAAAUUGAGAUACAUGAAAAGAAGAUUAACCUUUAAUGAUGAUAAUUAGAAAUUAUUGUUAGGUAAAUGACUCAGGCCUGUACGUUUCAGUUUAUUAUAAUAAGUGUGUUUUGCGUUUGUUAUUCCUCACAAACACAGAUAUACAUAUGGUUUAUGAUUAGUAUUUUAAUUGUAUUUUACUUUGUUAAUUAAAGGGCACAAGUUAAUUUAUACAUUUUAAGCGUACCACCUUUUUAAAAAAAUAUAAUAAAUAUCAUAAAUUAAUAUCAUUAAUUACAUUCAUAUUGAUAUAAUCCAUUAGACAAUGAAGAAAGGCAAAUGAAGAGAAUUUUGUUAUCACUGUUUUGUAUCUUUGCAUAAUAUUAUGUUUUCAAUGCAAACUACUAAACACCAACCCGUUUUAAUGGUUGGUAUUUGUGUUUGUUAUUGAAUUAUAAUUGUUUAAUGAUUGUGUAUUAUCAAAUGUUCUAUAGGUAUUCAUGUAUAAUUUGACAAUUUGAAUGUUGUUUUACCGCGUAGUAAUGCAUCAUUAUUAAAGAAUAUUGCUCGACCCGGCCACUUGUGAAUUAAUUGGUCACGAAAUUACAUCUACGGCCAUUCUCUCCCUACCUCUCAUUCCGAAAAAGAAAAUUACUAUGUGCACUUAAUACUGGUAAACAAAAAACUAGGAAAAGUGAGAGUAUGUUAACUGAUCGCUGUGGUAACACAGAAAUACUGUAUUUUCGAAACAUUAUUUGUAUUUCGGAAGUACUAGUUUGUGUUCAUUUUGUAUUAAUAUAAUAGAGCAACAUUGAACGGAAGAUAAACAUUGUGGCAUUAGUGCAAUUUUGCUCCGCAUGCACUAGUAUUUAUUCCUGAAAAAGGUUAACAAGUCAAAGAAAAAAAAAUAUUGUCACUGAAGUACAUAUAUGUACAAAUUCAUUUCUGAAAAUAUAACUCACGAACACAGAAAGUAACGUUAACAACGCCCUAUACUUAUGUCCUGUUUGCAGGAGUUAACAUCCUUAACAAAUAUGUGUCCUGUUGUUUUAACACUAUGUAGCAUGUACGGAUAUGUAUUAAAACGAAAUCAACAAUUUGGCAGUCGUAUGCAUCGCUGCUACAAAAUUAUUCUACGGCCACUUCAGGUUGAUUAUACAUGGUGUCGAUUCAAUAUUCUAAGACAAUUUUGCUGACUUGGUAUGCAACUAUUUGAGCCUUGUUCUGAGAAAACUCGGCGUAAUGCAUGUGCGUAAAGUGUCGUCCCAGAUUAGCCGGUGCAGGCUAAUCAGGGACGACACUUCCCGCCAAAACUUGAUUAUAGGUAAGAAGACACUUUCUUGACACUACAAAUACCAUAAAAGCGGAACGUGUCGUCCCUGAUUAUCUUGUGCGAACUUCACAGGCUAAUUUGGGACGACAUUUUACGCACGUGCAUUAAUCCCAGUUUUCUCAGAACGCGGCUCAUUUUGUCAAUAUUACUAUUGUUUGAAACAUUCGUUAUUAUACUGUUUUGUGCAGCAUUCGUUUACUGUUGUUCGGUUGCCGCAUCUUUUGUCUCCUAUGAAUCGAGUUUUACCAAUGCGAAAUGAUAGAGGAUUCCCAUAAUAACAAAUGCAAAAACUAAUUAGCUUUUAUUUAAUGACAUUUGAUACUAAAUAGUAUAGGACGUUUUAUAUGAUUGCAUCAGUUACAAUCAUAUUUAAAUGUUUAAGUUAUUAUGCACAGAUUUGGUAUCAAACUGAUUUUCUAUCAGACGACUGGGCAUUCCGAUAACAAACAAUUUAUAAAUAGUAGUAAAACUAAUGUGAUGCAAUCACACUUUCAGGUUUUCUGAGUUUCUCGGUAAAUGAAUUCAAAUAUACCAAUAUUAAGUGUUUGAUAGUACAAAAAUACUAAAGAGCGGUAACUUAACAACACAAUGUGUUAAUAUUUGUGCUUAUUUAUAUGUUAAUAAAUAUACAUACGCGG